UCUGCUCAGGGAUGGCUAAAGCUUGGCCCUGCAGCUGCUCUCAGAGACUCCCAGGGAGCGUGAGUCCUUCCCUCCUGGCCCUUCACCAGCAGGUCAGGCUGCUGCCACAUCUCAGCUUCUUCCUUUCCUUCCUUUCCCAUGCAGUCUUUCCUGUACAAGGCUCUGGGGACAGUGCUGGGAGCCUGUAGGAGAGUCCUCCACAUCCAGGAGAAGCUGCUGCAGCACCUGGAGGAAGCAAAUGCAGAGGAGCCAUGUGAGGCCCAGGGAAUCAUCUCUCUUCUCAGCCAUGCUGCUGAGAGCAACUUCCAGACAGUCCUGGCCACGCUCACCAUGUUUGCGUCCAGGCUGUGCAAAGGCCAUAAUGCAAGGAUUUCCAGGCGCAAGAAGAUGGAGCUGGACAGCACGAGAGCUCACGCCACACGCAGCGCUCUCAUGCUUGCCCACGGCAGCUUGGCACUGCGUGCCUCCAAGGAACAGCUGCUCGCCCACCUGGAGGGAGACAUCGUGGGCAACAUCCUGAUGCUCUACAGCUGCAGCUGCCGGGACUUGCAGAACAACCUUGCGCUGGUGCAGAGCAUCACCGACAUCAGUUCUGCCUUCCAAGGUGCGGGUGAUUCUGCGUGCUUUAACCCCACCUUGAAGGGAAAGCUUCUGGAGAUCCUGAUGGACCUGCUGAAGAAGUAUUAUUCGGGCAUCCCUGUCUCUCCAGUGCCUCUCAAGGUGGUUCUGGCCCUGGAGCAGUUGAGCAAGCUGAAGCCCUCUUUUGAAAGCAAGGACAUGGAUGAGAUGUUGGUCCUGUGCUGCAAAAACAUUGUGACACACCCUUCAGCAGAGGUGAUGCUGAAGAUCAGGAAGUCACAGCAAGCAGCUCAGUACCUGCAGCUUCAGCAAACAUCACUGAAAGCUCUGGGCCGGCUCAUGGCAGUUCUGCUGGAGACAGAGCCCACCGGCGGCUUCUUUCAGAACAUAGUCCAUGUCCUGCGGAGAUCAAUGAUAUCUAAGAAUGUGUGGGAGCGCAAGAGGGCCCUGCAGACCUGCUCCCAGCUUCUAUCUGUUUGUGAAGAGCUUCAAAGAGGAGAUGCCUGCGAGCACUUUGGCUCCUUGGUGGGAUUGCUUGCGCCUCUGACGUGCGACCCCAUGCCUGCAUCCCGCCAGUUGGCUGUCACCUGUCUGAGCUCCCUUCUCCGAAUCCAAGACAAAGCAGCCAACAGAGUCAUUGAGACAAGAGACCUUGGGAGCCUGUGUGAGGGGCUGCAUGCCUGCAGCACUGUCUCUCAGCUCCAGACCACAUCCAAAAUGGCAAGA